AUGCUCGCAGCGCGGCGUUCUCUCCGGCCGCCCUCCGGGCUUGUCCGGUGCUGCGUCAUCGUCUCCCGCCGGCCGACAGGCGCCGUCCGUCAGUUUUCUGUAUGCCGACCGACGCUUGCCGAGCAGCCUGCAGCGUCCUCCGCGUCGGCCACGCCACUGGCGUCCCGGUUGGAGCACCGCCGCUCGACGUGGUCUGCACGUGCACGGACGGCGGCAAAGUGGUCGGCGUUGCUGCUCGGGUCGACCGUCGUCGGCGUCCUCGUCCUCACGUCCUCCAUCUUCCUCCACGACGCCUUCACCUACACAGACCGCCAUGUUGAUCGCGUGCCCGUGUCCCCUCUCGCGCUCCACCCCCACCGCGGCGGGCCCAAAAACCUGCCCAUUGCCAAGGCCCUCCUGAGCGACAUCCAGGACGACGAGAACGAAGCUCUCGCCAAGAAGCCCCGUCUCGUCAUUGUCGGUGGUGGUUGGGGGGCUGUAGGCGUACUCGAUACCCUCCGCCCCGGCGACUACCACGUGACGCUCGUCUCUCCGGACACGUACACUACGUUCACGCCUCUUCUCCCUUCCGCCGCAGUUGGCACUGUGCAAGUGCGCUCGCUGGUAGAGCCGCUGCGGAAAAUAGUAGCCCGGCUGCACGGUCACGUCCUGAGCGCGAAAGCGACGGACCUGGUGAUGUCCGAGCGGCUGCUCGAGGUCGAGACCGUCGCGCCGAGCGGGCAGAAGGAGCAGCUGUACAUCCCAUACGACAAGCUGAUAAUUGCGGUGGGCUCAACGUCGAGCACUCACGGCGUGGAAGGCCUGGAACACUGCUUCCAGCUGAAAACGAUCGCGGACGCGCGACAGAUCCGGCAGCGCAUCAUCGACAAUUUCGAGACGGCGGCGCUCCCGACGACGACCCCCGAGGAGCGGCAGCGGCUGCUCAGCUUCGUCGUGUGCGGCGGCGGGCCGACGGGCGUCGAGACCGCCGCGGAGAUCUACGACCUGUGCCAGGAGGAUGUGAUCAGCUAUUAUCCGAAGGUGUGCCGGGAGCAGGUGUCGAUACACGUCAUCCAGAGCCGGGAGCACAUCCUGAACACGUACUCCGAGGCGAUCUCGCGGUAUGCCGAGCGAAAGUUCAAGAGGGACAAUAUCGAUCUGAUCACGUCCGCGCGCGUCGGGCGCGUGCAUGAGGACCGCGUCGUGUACACGACGCGCGGGAAAGACGGGAAGACGGAGACUCACGAGAUCCCGACUAACUUUGUGCUGUGGAGUACAGGGAUUGCGAUGAACCCGUUUACCGCGCGCAUAUCCAGUCUACUACCGAACCAGGUGCACAAGAAAGCGAUUGAGGUCGACGCGCACCUCCGCGUCAAGGGCGCACCUCCGGGCGAGGUGUAUGCCAUCGGUGAUGCGGCGACGAUCGAAACGUCUGUCGUGGCGCACCUCAUGGACCUCGUGGAUGAAGCGGACAAGAACAAGGACGGCAAGAUCGACUUUGACGAAUGGGAAGUUAUGGUCCGCCGCAUCAAGGUACGGAUCCCUAUGGCGGAGGAUCAGCUCAAGAAGGUCCGCGAAUUGUUCGACCUGUACGAUUCGGACGCGGACAACAGCCUCAGCCUGAAUGAGCUCGCGGUGCUCCUCCAGGAGAUCGGGAACAAGAUCACCGCGCUCCCCGCUACCGCGCAGGUCGCGGCGCAGGAAGGGAAGUACCUCGGCAAGAAGCUGAGCAAGCUCGCGACCCAGCACGACGUGCUCGUCGCGAACGGGAUCGAGGGUCCCGGCGCGGACGAGGCCGUCUCGAAGCCGUUCCGAUACCUCCACUUGGGCUCUCUGGCAUACAUCGGGAAUGCGGCUGUGUUUGACCUGGGCCGGAUGAGCUUCAUGGGCGGGCUCGCGGCGAUGUACGCGUGGCGGAGCGUGUACUGGAGCGAGCAGGUGAGCUCGCGCACGCGCGCGCUGCUCAUGAUCGACUGGAUCGUGCGAGGCGUGUGGGGCCGCGAUUUGUCGCGGCUGUGA